AAUAAGCAUCGUGUGCCGCAUCGUGUGCUUAUGUGUACCUAUUUACGUUUCAUGAGAUUUCUUGUAUGUACAAAUAUAACAACAAACAGUAAAUGGGUUCCUUAAACACGAGGCAAUACAUGGUUAUCGUAAUUCUGCAAUAUGUUAUAUUGCUUUUUGACGUUUGCAUAAAUUCGUUCGCAAGUUUUGCCAGGCAGCAUCCAACCGAUCUACUGGUACUUUAUGUAAUUCAAGACUUUUGCCUCAUCAUAGCCCUCACGUUGCUCUUAGUAAACUUCUUUUCUACUUACAUCUUUCAGACAGGUUUGAUACAGCUACUGUACACAAGAUUCCGUAUGACAUUAGUAUUAUGCAUUAUUUAUAUGAUAUUAUCAAUCAGUUUGCAUACAUGGCACAUCAGUAUACAUUGGUCAACGCCGUUAAAACAUUGGACAAAAGAAUUUCACACUCUUUAUUCUGCACAUAGAACAGUUGCAGUGCUGUAUUAUUACUUUUACAAAAGAGCCUCUCUGAGAAUCGGUGAUCCAAGAUUCUACAAAAGUUCCGCUUGGGUACAAAAGCAAUUGAGUAUUCCGUGAUUACACGUAAAUAAAAUUUUGAUGAGAUAUAAAGGGUAAUUGUAGCUCUGAUAAAAUAUAGAUGUAAGAAUAUAUCUGUGUAUUUCAAGUUUACUAUUUUAAGCUUUUUAUACAAUGUCUUUGUAUUUAUACAAAUUUAU